GCUCAUAGGGGAAACUAUCUUGUGUAUUCUAAGUAAACUUGCCGCCGGUGUUACAGAACGGCGAGUAGCUGCAAGAUCGGUGUGUGUAACAAUACAAUCCACCAGCACGGAAUCUCGCAAUUAGUGAGAGAGGUGAAGAGUCAUUUUUUGUCUGUAGACAUAAACAAACCACAUAGUGUCAGCAAUCCAGACUCUGAUAUAUUGAUACAGGAGCUUCGAAUCGCAAUGAAGUACAUCUUACGCCAGAGUUCUCUUAGGACAGUCAAGAACCACUGUCGCCUCUGGGUGCCGAGUACAAACCGACAUUGAUUUUUAACUUGAUCCAUUUUAACUGCGUUCAAAGUACGACGUAUUGUGUCUUCGCCAAUUAAACUCAGUCAUGGAUAUGUUAUUAUGUUUGAUGGUGGUUCUAGUUGGGGAAGUUGGUGGUUCCCUCAGCACCAGUGAACCAGCUGAAAAGAAACUUCAUGAUCAUAUCCUUGGGAGCCACUACAGUAAAUUAAUCCGACCAACGGGAAACAGUUCCGUCAAACUAACAGUCAAACUAGGGUUGCGUCUGUCACAGCUGCUGGAGAUUCACGAGAAGAAUCAGAUUAUGACCACAAGUGUUUGGCUAAGACAGGAAUGGGUUGACCUUCGUUUACGGUGGGACCCCCGGUCUUAUGGGGGGAUACUUAUCACUCACAUUCCCUCUGAAGCUCUUUGGAGACCAGACAUUGUACUCUAUAACAAUGCUGAUGGGGCAUUUGAGAUUACUCUGUUAACAAAGGCUACAGUCCAUCAUACAGGACGAAUUGUGUGGGAACCGCCUGCUAUCUAUAAGAGUUAUUGCCCCAUUGAUGUGGAGUUCUUUCCCUUUGAUAUACAAGAAUGCUUUAUGAAGUUCAGUUCGUGGACAUACGAUGGGUAUGAAAUAGAUUUACAACACGUGUGUGAUUCCCAGGCAGUGUAUUACGAGGACACGAAGGUGAAAAUCAUUGACCGUGGCAUUGAUUUGAAGGACUUCUACCAGAAUGUGGAAUGGGACGUUAUUAACGUAACAGCCCGCCGAAGUGAAAAGUUCUACCCCUGUUGUCCUCAACCUUAUCCAGAUAUCAUGUUCAACAUCACACUCCGUCGGAGAACCUUGUUCUAUUCUCUUAACCUCAUCAUGCCCUGCUUAACAAUCUCCUGUCUGACUGUGUUGGUUUUCUACCUGCCAUCUGACAGCGGGGAGAAGAUCACACUCUCCAUCUCUAUACUUCUGGCUCUCACCGUGUUCUUCCUGCUCCUCUCAGACAUCAGUCCACCUACGUCAUUUGUGAUCCCCCUGAUCAGUAAAUAUUUGUUGUUUACAAUGAUUGUGGUGACGUUGUCCAUCUUUCUUGCUGUUUAUACAUUAGGUAUUCACUUCAGGAGACCUUCAACUCACCGAAUGAGUCCUUGGGUCAAACGAGUUUUCACCGAGAUUCUUCCACACAUGCUAUUAAUGAAAAGACCAGAUUUACACCGUAAGUCUAAAGACAAACAGUACAGGAACGUGAAUGGCAUAGAAAUGAGAGAGGUACGUGAGAACCACAACAGCGCGAGAGUAGGGUGGAAUAUGGAAACGCAGGAAGGACUUCGAGUCCGAAAUCCUUCAGGAGAUUCCAUAGAAAUUAAAAGAUACCCCAAAGAAAUCCGAGAGGCCAUAGAGAGAGUCAAGUUUGUGGCGGACCACCUUAGAGAAGCAGAUGCAGACAAUAUGGAAGAAAGAGACUGGAAGUACGUUGCCAUGGUAAUGGAUCGUUUAUUUUUGUACAUUUUUACUACAGCCUGUAUAUGUGGGACACUGAGUAUAUUUUUGUACGCACCUUCUUUAUAUGACCCUAGGGGACCAUUAAGUCUGGACGAUCAAUUCAACUGUACAUACUAAUGAAAUUGUAAACAAACUGUACAAUAAUCUGUAAAGUA